AUGGCGACUUACUGUCUUACUGUUGUAAAAACCAACUACGCCUGUCCCUGUGACGCGUUCUCACACAGACUGACCCGGCUAACUUGCAGCCUCCAGCUCACUCCUGCAGCUUCCAGCACUCCUGCAGCUUCCAGCAGUCUCCAGCUCACCGCUUCCAGCUCACUCCUGCAGCUUCCAGCUCCUACCCUGCAGCUCACUCCAGCAGCACUCCCUGCAGUUUCCAGCAGUCUCCAGCUCACUCCUACCGCUUCCAGCUCCUCCUGCAGUUUCCAGCAGUCUCCUUCCAGCUCACUCCUGCAGCUUCCAGCACUCCUGCCGCAGUCUCCAGCUCCAGCUUCCAGCUCCUCCUGCAGCUUCCAGCACUCCUACCGCUUCCAGCUCACUCCUGCAGCUUCCAGCACUCCUGCAGCUUCCAGCAGUCUCCAGCUCACUCCUACCGCUUCCAGCUCACUCCUGCAGCUUCCAGCACUCCUACCGCUUCCAGCUCACUCCUGCAGCUUCCAGCACUCCUGCAGUUUCCAGCUCACUCCUGCAGCUUCCAGCACUCCUGCAGUCUCCAGCUCACCCCAACAGCUUCCAGCGGCCUCCAGCUCACCCCUGCGGCGCUCUACUGACGUCCCGCUACCCGCUGACGAUCUAAUCCAGUGCCCACUGACGUCCAGCGCCCGUUAA